AGGAAACUGUGGAGACCACCUGGGGACCAGCCUGGAUCUGACCAAACCACUGCUGCUGCUCUUUUGAAGUCCAACCGCAAAUUCUGCUGGUCCCGAGAAGCCCAUUACUUGUAUCUUCGACGCCUCUCAUCGCGCAGCUUCUCGGCUAUUAUGAUGAACCCGGUUAUGGAGGAGACGGUCUGGGAGCAGUACACAGUGACCCUGCAGAGGGAUCCAAAGAUGGGUUUUGGCAUCGCUGUAUCAGGAGGGCGAGACAACCCAAAUGAGGAUAGUGGCGAGACAUCCAUUGUGGUGUCUGACGUCCUUCAGGGAGGACCGGCCGAAGGCUUGUUGUUUGAGAAUGACAGAGUGGUGCAGGUGAACGCCAUACCCAUGGAGGGGGUCAUUCAUUCCUUCGCCGUUCAAACCCUCAGAAAGUGUGGAAAAGUUGCCAAAAUCACCGUCAAGAGACCGAGAAAGGUUCCUGUAAAUCUGCUGAAUCGUCCUGGAUCACCCGAUGAUAGAGUUUUCAACAGUGACUACAACGAAGACUACAACUACGACCAGGACCGUGGCAGUGUGUACAAUAACAGGCAGGACCACAGCCUGGAAAGGGAUCAAGGUGGCUACAUGGAUUCUGGCUACCAAACCCGUGAGCGUGACUAUGACAGGAACUAUGACCGACGAGAACGGGGCAGGAGUGCGGAGAGAGACCGGAGCCCCGACCAGCAAUACAGGAGAGACGGUAGCAGAGGUCGCACCUUAGACAGAGAACGUAGCCCCGAUCGUCAUCACAGGAGCGAUCACGCGCUCAACCGUGACUAUAGCCCGGACAGAAGGUACCGUAGCGAGCGCACGUUGGACCGAGACCACAGUCCCGAUCGGCGCUACCGCAGCGAUCGAGCCCUCGACCGGGACUAUAGCCCUGACCGACGCUAUCGUAGUGACCGUGCGCUAAACCGCGGAAACAGCCCCGACCAGCGCUACCGGCGGGACAGUGAGAGCCCGGGACGCAACCACGGACGCCACCGCAGCUUUGAGCGAGGGCGAGAACGAAUUCCCAGCGACCCGAGGAAAUAUGAGGAGCCUCCGAAGAGAGGUGCUAGCAAGGACCGGCUGGAGCGUUCACCGUCGCCUGCGGCCAUGCCCAUCCCGAUGCCACGUCCCGCUCGAGAAUUGGAGCCACUCGAGAAACCUCUAAAUGUCCUGCUGCUGAAGAAUCGGCCUAACGAAGAGUACGGCCUUCGUCUGGGAAGUCAGCUCUUCAUUAAAGAGAUGACCAGCACGGGGCUUGCCAGCAGGGAUGGAAACCUACAAGAAGGAGACAUCAUUCUCAAGAUCAAUGGAACAGCGACCGAAAACCUGUCCCUCAGCGACGCAGGGAAGCUGAUCGAGAAGUCUCGCGGGAAGCUGCAGCUGGUGGUCCAGAGAGACAGGCAGCAAGUGCUGAUCCGAGUCCCCCCGAUGGUCGACAGCGACUCGGAGCUUGAUGAUAUUUCUGAGAUUGAGUCAUAUCGCUCCUACUCACCACAAGAUGAAAGACGAGGCCACCAUUCGGACCUGUCGUCCCACUCCUCCACUGAGCGGCUGCGAGAGAAGCCAAGAGAGGAGCCGCCUAAUAGGCUGGUUAAAAUGGGUGCGAUGCCAACCCCAUUCAAAGGUCUUGAGCGAGCUGUGGAAGACACACCCCCAUUGCCUCCUGAGAGGGAGGAGUCGCGGGCACAAACGCCACCAACAAUCGCAGUUGGCCCAAAGGUUCACGCUCCUCCUAAAGUGCCACUAAAGCCAAGUGUUGAGGACCAGGAAGUAUACGGGCCAAACACGCUCAUGGUCCGCUUUCAGAAAGGUGACAGCGUUGGUAUGAGGCUUGCAGGAGGGAAUGAUGUCGGGAUCUUUAUUGCGGGCGUUCAGGAAGAUAGUGCAGCUGAACAGGAAGGUCUUCGCACUGGGGAUCAGCUUGUGAAGGUGAACAACGUGGACUUUAGGGGUAUGGUCCGUGAGGAGGCAGUCCUUUACCUCCUGGAGAUUCCCAAAGGAGAUGAUGUGACCAUUCUUGCACAGAGCAAACCAGAAGUGUACAAAGACAUUUUAGCAUCUGGCAGAGGCGACUCAUUCUUCAUUAGAACUCACUUUGAGUAUGAGAAAGAGGCUCCCCAGAGCCUUCCUUUCACCAGAGGAGAAAUUUUCAAAGUGACCGACACACUCUACGAUGGCAAGCUGGGCAACUGGCUGGCAGUCCGUACAAACAAAGAAAACCAGUUGCUGGAGAAGGGCAUCAUUCCCAAUAAAAGCAGAGCCGAGCAAAUGUCCAACGUCCAGAAUGCUGCACGAGCCGCAUCAGGUAACGACAGAGGAGACUUCUGGAGGCUUCGAGGACAAAGAGCAGCGAAGAAAAAAGAUAUUCGCAAGAGUCGAGAGGAUCUGAGUGCAGCGCCGGUGGCUACGAGAUUUCCGGCCUAUGAGAGAGUUGUCCUGCGUGAAGCUGGCUUCAAGAGACCCGUGGUCCUAUUUGGGCCGAUCUCUGAUGCUGUGAAUGAAAAACUGGCCAAUGACAUGCCAAACGACUUCGUCAUUGCUAAAACGGAGCCAAAGGAUGCGGGAAGCGAGAAAUCGUCUGGAGUUGUGAGACUGAACACGAUUCGGCAAAUUAUCGAGCAGAACGCCCACGCGCUGCUGGAUGUGACUCCCAAAGCUGUCGACACCUUGAACUACACCCAGUGGUAUCCCAUCGUCAUUUUCCUGAAUCCGGACAGCAAGCAGGGAGUCAAGACCAUGAGGAACCGCCUCUUGCCCGGAUCCACCCGCAGUGCACGCAAACUAUAUGAGCAGGCGAUCAAGCUGAGAAAGACAUGCUCGCACCUUUUCACCGACACAAUCGACCUCAACUCGGCCAACGACGCGUGGUACGGAAGCGUGAAAGAUUCAAUUCGGGAGCAGCAAGACCGAGCUGUUUGGGUAUGCGAGGGCAAGUUGGAUGGUUCGGAGGAGGAUCUCGAUCUCCACGAUGACCGAAUGUCCUACUUGUCGGCGAUGAGCGCAGACUACUUGAGCAUGGACAGCCGUCUGACCAGCGACUACGACGACACGGCGGAUGAGGGCGGGGCUUACACCGACAAUGAGCUGGCCUUUUUUUGUUUUUGUUUUUUUCUCUUCCUUAAAGUACUUCUGACAUAUCUGGGCCUUGUUCCUCUCUCCCCGCAGUUGGAAAUUGCCCAGAAGCACCCGGACAUCUAUGCAAUCCCGGUCAAAUUGCCCAAACCCAAUCUCAACCGUCCUCAGCCAAUCGGUUCCAGCUCCAUUCCAGAGCCGCAGACUCCACCUCGGCAGCAGUAUUCUGAGAGAGGAGCCCACGAAGGCGACGACGCCGAGUACCGCAGGCAGUUGGCAGACCACGCCAAGAGGGGCUACUACAACCCCCAGAAAUACAAGGACACUGAGUUGUAGUCCCCAAAAAGGAGCCACUGUAAUCAAGAUUCCACACUGCUUUUGUCUUCCGGCCGAGGAAAGGCGCUGGACCGACGCAGCUUCACCGCGAAAACCUCUCGUGAUUUUUUUUGGCUUGCGCUUCCUAGUGCAUGUCAAGCUCAGACACAUUUACAUUAGCGUGUGUUGACAAACCAGGUGACCCAUGCACAACCACCUGCCCCCCUCCCCCUUCCACCCCUGUCCUUGGUUAUUCAUCACUAUUUUUCUCUGUAUGUAUUUAGCGUUGCUCUCAUGCAAUUACUUCAGGUCAGAGUCAAGCGCCUGAUUUGGUAAAAAUAAUUGGACCUGGUGACCUACACGCCACUGCCAGGACAAGAAAUUGUUUCUUUAUGUAGCUAGCCGUUGACCUUUCUCUAUUUGUUUUUUGUUUUGUUUUGUUUUUUACACAUAUAUACAGUGUAUUGUAUGGCAAUCAAAAUUAAGAGAAAUGAGGCAAUUUGAUUGUCGCAUUUUGUCAAAUCAGAGCCAUUGUUUGUCAGUUUCUAUGUUCCCUUGAAUAGCAGCGCUCUUCCACAUAGUUCGACACUAAGGUCAGUCGUGUGAUUUCUUGUGUACGGCUCCCCACCUUGACAUUGGAGGACACUGCGUACUGGGGAAAACAGCACAUGCUCAAGUGCCUUGUCUUAGACGGCGGGUUGAAAAUCAAUACAUCGUACAGUGACUGCAGAUAAUGGACUGAGCAUCAGGCGCUCAUAAUGGUCGGCACCCAGAAAAUCGGGAGUAGUUUGACAUCAUUUCCCUUUUUCACAUCUGCUUCGGUUGCUGUGGAAGCAUGUGUCCCUUUUGUCAAUGAAAGAGUCUCAUAAAUAUUUAUAGCUUGUAGGUCACAAAGUGAAAAGCUGCAAAA